AUGUCAUUGGAUUACAUAACUCAAGAUUCAUUAUUCGCAAGGAUACCACCACCAUUACCCUCCAUAGAUGAAACCACCACCUUAGAACAAAUCUAUACCAAAUUAACCUUACCAAAUGCAUCUCAAUCAUAUCGGAAUAUAAUUGAUCAAUUAUAUUAUAUCAUCCAAACCCAUGGCAAAUCAACCUCAUCCAACUCUAUCAAUGAUUUAUUAAAACUUUGGGAGAUAAGAUUCAAUUUACUUAUGUUCAAUCUGGAAGUCAAUCUUGCACACAUUGAAAGUAUUAAUAUUAAUAAUAUUCUUUAUUUACAGGAGAAUAUCCAAGAUUUGAAUGUAAGUGUGUAUCCAUUACCUAAAUUGGAUUUGAAGUAUUAUGAUUUCCUUAUUAAGCUUUUGAAAUUGAAAUCGGAGUAUCAAUUAGAAGGAAUGAUUGUGGGGAGUAGUUCAGGAUCAGGAGGGAUUUCUGGGGGCACGGGGAUUAUUAAUGAGAUAUUUAAAUUGAAUUAUCAAUUACGACUUAAAGAUAAUGAAGUGAAUGAAGAAGUGGAAGUGAAAUUGAUUAAUUUGAGUUAUCAAUUGAUUAUAAAUCUUGUUAUUUUGAAUCAUUUACCUACAUUAUUAACAUUUGUGAAGGGAGUUAUAUCAGAAUUAGAAAGAAAAGAAAAGAAGAUAUCUAUGGUAUUAGAGCAAUAUUUAUCGAAUUUGAUUAUAGUAUUGAUUAUAGUUGAAUCUUAUUUGUUACGAGGAAGAAUCAUAUCGAAAACAUCCCUUCAAAUGGUUAUAAGGGGAAAAUAUGAAGAUAAGUUUAAAUUAGUGAAUCAAUUUACAAAAGAUAGUAUAUCGUAUGUGAUUAAUCAGAAUCAAGAUGGAACUGUUAAAGUGGUUACUAUUACUGAUUUAUUAGAUCAAGAUGUCACGAUUAAGAUAUUGGUUAAUAUCAUUGGAGUAUGGGAUUUAAUCAAUACUAAUAAAUCGUUAAUCUUAAAUAAUAAAGAUAAUAUCAUAUCAUUAAAGUUAGAAGAACCAGAAGUAAUUGAACAAGAACAAGAACAAGAAGAAGAUACCUUAGUGGAUAAGAUCUAUAAUCAUGUUAAUAAUCUUUGGUAUAAACAUAUUGAUAAAUUAUAUGGAUUAAAUUCGUUAGUUGCAAAAAGUCAACUUAGUUAA